AUGGUCACCUUCACGGCGCUGAGAAGGAAGCCUGAGCUUGUGACGCCGGCUCGGCCGACUCCACACGAGUACAAGCCCCUCUCCGACAUCGAUGACCAGCGCGGACUCCGGUACUACCCCGCCGGCGUCGAGUUCUUUGGUGCCCGCCGGCGUCUCACAGAAUCAGCUGGGGACGUCGACGACGACCCGGUGAGGAUCAUUAGGGCUGCGUUGGCCGAGGCGCUGGUGAGCUACUACCCAUUGGCCGGUCGCCUCGUGGAGCUUCCUCAGGUCACAGGAGGGAAGCUGUUGGUGGACUGCACGGCCGAAGGGGUGGUGUUUGUGGAGGCUGACGCCGACGUGCGGCUGCAAGAGCUUGGGCAGCCACUGGCCAUGCCGUACCCUUGUAUGGAAGAGCUCCUAUGCUACGACAUUGGUGAGCCUCAGGACGCUGUCGUUGCCAAGCCAUUGCUCUUCUUUCAGGUCACAAGGUUCAGCGGCAACGAUGGGUUCGCUAUCGGCUACCGCUACUGUCACAGCGUCAUCGAUGGCUUCGGCAUGGCCAAGUUCCUCAACAGCGUCUACGCUCUCGCACGGGGCGAACUGCACACGGAGCCGCCGGUGUGGGGCAGGGAGCUCCUCAUCGCCCGUGCCGCACCCGACGUCACACACAAGCACAGCGCCUACGACCAGCUGCCGGCCGCCUCGGCUGCGGCCGAGGACGUCGUCAGGAAGACACCACUCGAGCACAUGGUGACCCGCCACUUCCGUUUUGGCCCAAGGGAGAUGGCGGCCAUGCGGAGCCAAGUUCCGGCGAGCCUCGUCCAGUCGACUACCGUCUUCGAGCUCGUCACCGCCGCGGUCUGGCAGUGCCGGACGGCGGCACUGGGUUACGAGCCUCACCAGCGCGUGCGCCUGAUAAUCUGUUCCAAUGCCCGUGGAACAUGGAAGCCUCGCUCGCCGCUGCCGCAAGGGUUCUACGGUAACGCGCUCGUCUUGCGGGCCGCGGAGGCCACCGCCGGCGAGCUGAUCGGCCGCCCGCUUGGCCACGCGAUCGGGCUCUUGCGCGAGGCGAAGUCCGAGGUGACGGAUGACGGGUACAUGCAGUCGAUGCUGGACUUGCUGGCCCGGCGCGGACGGCCGUGGUACUCGCAGGACUGGACGUACAUGAUCAGUGACGCGACGAGCCUCAGUCGACGAGUGGGUGCGCCGAACGUCGGCAGAUGGGAGCGCGCCGGCGGCGGGAUCACGACGGCUGGAAGGGUGGUGACGACGAGCCUGCAGAGCUACUACGAGCGGUGCAAGAGCAGGGGCGGCGAGGACUGCGCAGUGGUGUCCAUGUGCCUGCCGGCGGCGGCCAUGGAAGGGUUCUCGCAGCGAAUUUCUGCGUGGGGAAACAUGUCCAGACUGACGGGUUCCCUGUACGGCUCCGUUCCAUCAGCCCUAUAG